AUGACCAAUGAAGAGCUACUCCAAAAGCUCAUGACUGAAAUAGGGACCAAAUUAAAUGCUAGAAUAGAUAAGCAGGAUGAGAACAUUAGAAACAUCCAGAUAUCCCAAAUGAGUUUAGAGAAACCAGUUGCGCAAGUGGCUAAUUCUUUGAACUUGCGUCCCCAAGGUGGGCUGCCCGGUGAUAUUGAGCCCAACCCAAAGCAAUUGCAUGCGGUAAGUAUUAGAAGUGGGCUACAAUUAGAGGAACUAGCUCCAAAUAAGAAAGACACUGAGGAUAUCCCGAAGUAUGCUAAAUACGUGAAGGACAUUGUGGCUAGCAAGAGGAGGCUCACGGAACAUGAAGCUAUAGUGCUUACUGAGGAGUGCAGCUCAAGGAUCCAAAACAUACUGCCCAAAAAGUUAAAAGAUCCGGGUAGUUUUACUGUGCAGAUUACAAUUGGGCAAAGUGUUCAUGCCCGGGGGUUGUGUGAUUUGGGGGCAAGUAUAAAUUUGAUGCCCUUAUCUUUGUAUCUGAAGCUUGGGUUGGGUAGUCCAAAACGAACCACUGUUAUUCUCCAACUUGCUGAUAGAUCCAUUGCUAAGCCAGAGGGGGUGGUAGAAGAUAUGUUAGUACAAGUAGGUUCAUUGAUUUUUCCGAUAGAUUUUGUGGUCUUAGACUUUGAACUCGAUCCUGAAGUUCCAUUCAUUUUGGGACGUCCUUUCUUGGCCACGAGUAGGGCAUUGAUCGAUGUAGAAGCUGGUCAAUUAACCAUGAGGGCACAUGAUAAGUUAUCUGUUAUUACUGUGGUUGAUCGCAUAGUAGAGUCGCAGUUAGUUGUGCCCGAAGACCCCUUAGAAAGAGUGUCAAUAGGUCAUAAGAGAGAUGAAGACACUGAGGCUCAAGAGAUAGAAAUAUGUCUGAAUCUGGCACUUGUGGAGCCUCACAAGCGGAGAGUGGAACCAUUAGAGCGUGAGUUAGGGCCACCACCCAAACCCUCCAUUGAGGAAGCCCCAAAGCUGGAACUGAAAACACUGUCGGCUCACCUCAGAGUUGUCUGA